CAAUCGAACACAAGAAAUUGAAAUCUCAAGGGAUUUGAGAAAUUUUUGAUUCGUGAGAGCUCUGGAGAAGAAGAAGGAGCAAGCUAGGGGUUUCUUCUACCAAAUCGAGAUAGAAUCGAUUUGAAAUUAGGGUUUUUUUUUGUUCCCUUAUUUUCUUCUAGUAGCUUCUGAUCCUUCGAUUUCCAUGGCGGAUGGGUACUGGAAUCAGCAGCGACAGCAACACCAUCCUCCUGGUGGCCCUCCUAAACGUCCCCGUUCCGAUUACGAAGCUCCAUCAUCCACAAUGCCUUCAGGGCACGGUGGUUAUUAUCCGCGGGAUGAGGAUCUCGAUGUUCCCGAUACCAGAACCAUCGGUUCAGCUUAUGAUCGCUAUCUCCAGAGCGUGCAAACACCUUCUAUGCAAUCAGCAGAAACAGGUCCUGUUUCCAUGGGAAGACCAGGAGGCAACGGACAAGUCCUGGAUGACUUUAUGAUGAGACGUGGAAAUAGUGGAGUUCUUCCUCUAGACCAUGGUCCAAAUGGCCAUACUAUGGGUUUCGAUCCACCAGAAUCUGUUGGUAGGCGUAACCGAGAAUUACCUCCCGAUGCAUCCAACACUUUAUAUGUUGAAGGACUUCCUUCUAAUUGCUCAAGGAGGGAAGUAGCUCAUAUUUUUCGACCUUUUUUAGGAUAUAGAGAAGUGAGACUUGUGACCAAAGACUCCAAACAUCGGAACGGAGAUCCUAUUGUUCUUUGUUUUGUUGAUUUUACAACCCCUGCCUGUGCAGCGACUGCUCUGAGCACUUUACAAGGUUAUCGAAUGGAUGAAAACGAGCCUGAUUCCAAGUUCCUACGGCUCCAGUUUUCAAGAAAACCAGGUUCAAGACCAGGACAACGAGGAAGAAGGUGAUGGAUGACUCAGGGACAUUGCGGUUCAUCAACCAAAUGGUAGCUUACUGUAUCUCGUGUAGUGGAAAGAUCAUCCAUCCUCCUUCAAGUAGAAAUCUCAUUAAAACCGCACAUUACAUCACCUGUAGUAUCGUUGGAGCAGACCUGAGUGAAGAAGACUCAAGAGAUAACAAAGAUGUGUGGAGACUGUAGAAUAUGCGGUUAAAUAAUAGAACCCUUAAAAAAGGCUCUUUUUUUACAUAUAUAUAUACUUUUCUUUUACAUAUUAAGUUGUGUUGUUGAUUUUGAAUGUUCCAUUACUAUUAGUAUUUACUAAAGAUUCUUGCUUUUCUAUGGAAUUUUUAUAUGAAGAGUGAAUUUAUAUGGCA